AUGUCUACUUCUGGGGAAAAAGUCUCACGCCUCCUAGCCAGCAAUGAGAAAUUUGCAUCUUCUUUCACCGGCGCUCCAACAAUGGAACAGAUGCGGUCUGGCUUAGUAGGAAAUGGACCGCUCUUCAUCCUCACCUGUGUCGACCCCCGAUGUGUCCCUGAAGCCUUCUUUGGGCCAGACCUACGGGCAGCCGUCCAUCGAAACGCGGGAGGUCGAGCAACAGCCGACGUGGUGCGGACGUUGAAUGCCUUGCGUGCUUUGGUCAAGAUGGAUACCGUGGUUGUUGUUCAUCACACGGAUUGCGGUAUGACCCAUGUUACCGAAGAAGAGAUCCGCGAAUACUCAAAGUCGAAGAAUCCUGAAGCAGCAGCAAUCGUAGACAAUAUUGACUUUGACCUUUGGAAAGAGGAGCAACUCGAGGAGUCUGUCAAAAAAGACGUCCGCAAGCUCAGAGAGGAUAAGAGUCUUGAUGGCAUUGAAGUUUUUGGAUUUGUGCUGGACACGCAGACUGCUGUUGUGACAGAGGUCCAUGUUUAG